GGAGGAAAGAACAGGCGUCGUGGAAAGAACGAGAAUGACAAUGAAAAGCGCGAGUUGACCUUCAAGGAGGAAGGUCAGGAAUACGCUCAAGUUCUCAAAAUGCUGGGCAACGGCCGUCUCGAAGCCUACUGCUUCGACGGAUCCAAGCGUCUCGCUCACAUCCGUGGAAAGCUCCGCAAGAAGGUCUGGAUCAACCAGGGAGACAUCAUCCUGCUCUCGUUGCGUGACUACCAAGAUGAGAAGGGUGAUGUUAUUCUCAAAUACUCUGCCGACGAGGCACGUUCCUUGAAGGCAUAUGGAGAGCUGCCCGACUCUGCCAAGAUCAACGAGACGGAUACUUAUGGUGGUGAUGAGGAAGGUGGAAUCGGAUUCGAUUUCGGAGAGGAUGACGACAGCGAGUCCGGAGAGGAUGUCGACAUUGAUGACAUCUAG